AGGGUGGGUGCCUCCUCCGUUCGGAACUACCCCUUGACAACAGCCCCGCCAGACCAUUCUCAUCCUCGACAGCGGCGAGGCUCCGCUUCGCAACGCCGCGCGGCGGAGCGUUCCUAUCCCGAAAAUCGCGCGCGCGAUCAAUCGGACAGUGGUGCGAAUCAAUCCAACGAUCCCCGAGUACGAGACGUCGCCGUCGUCCUCCUCGCGGGGAGGAGAGACGGAUCUACGCGGCGUGCUCGGACGUGAACGACAGGCUGCCGCUCGUUCAGGUAAAUCGAUUAUAAACGCGCGUAUAUACGCACGCCAAUUUAUAUGCGAGACGCAUGACCGGCAAAGAUCGGUCCAAAGACGUCGAUGGCGACGCGACGCAAACGUAGGACGAGGGAUGUCCUGCGAUGUACAUCUGGAAUCGGAUCCUUCUUAAGCCCGGGGUUAAGGGGGAAGACUUGAGAAUUGCACAACACGCACAACCGGCUAUUGGACCGGCGGCACGGCAUAUCGCUUGCGGUCUCGUGACGUAUCACACCGGGCACUCGCUUCAUCUCUCGUGUGAUCUGCGAAUUCUUCAAAGUAUCGGCAAUUCCCCGCGUUACCGGUGCGUGUUACCGACCCCGAUCGUCGAUUACGAGGAUGCUUUCUCGCUGAUACUUAAUACAGUUUGGCUGUCGGCGAUUAUUAUCAAGAUUGCCCAGUAUACACUUUCUCUGUGGCGCGAAUGAACUCUCUUGCUGCUUUUGAUAACUCAACGAUAAAAUGUGCGGAUACAACUUUCAGCAUGGAGUGUCCCGAAGCGGUAGAACGAGGUCGGAAUUUUCGUCUGCUCCCUGAAAAGGAAGUAUCUAAGCUUCUAGAAUUUCUUACGGAAUACUUACCUGAGUCUUUGAAGUUUCAACAAACCGUAUUGACUUACAUGCGAGAUAGAGUCUGGGAAUUCCAUUUCUACGUGGCUAACGAUUGGCCGGAGGACGCAAUCUGCUUACAUUUUCCCGGAAUGACAUUAUCUCCGCACGGUUUGGUGUACGAGAGCGUCGGUGUCUUCUGCCCGAACAAUCGGCUGGAACUGCUUCGCCUUCUCCGCGAGGAGGACAUUCUGAUAGACUGGUCGAGACCUUUGUACAUUAAUUUCGUGCACUCCGACAUCGCCGAGGAAUUAACACGCCUUUACGAGGGUACCGGCACCAUCGAGACGGUGGUGGGCGAUGUCUGCGCGUGCGACUACUUCGAGCAAGAGGAGGUGAGCCAGGAGCCGAAUGAGGAGUCCAACUCUGACGUCCAGGUGCGGCCUCUCAAGGCCGAGCACGCCGAGGGGAUCCACGAGUUGUAUCCGGCAAACGAUAUGGAAUGCCCCGAGAUUUUUCUUCGCCUUAUCAGAACUCUACCCGCGGCGGGAGUGUUCGCGAACGGUAGAUUGGCCGCUUGGAUGGUCCAAUCCUAUUACGGAGCUAUGUUCUCCAUGCAGACCAAGCCGGAGUAUCGUAGGAAGGGUUUCGGGACGAAGUUAGCAAGGUACCUGACAAAACGCGUAGCCGAGAAGGGGUAUUAUCCAUUUGUAGUUAUACGUCCAGAAAAUGAAGCUAGCCAAAGCCUGUACAAGAAGCUGGGUUUUAGACGACUUUAUCAACUCGUUCGAAUGAUCUUUAUGCCUUUCACGUGGCAGGAGAGCGAGAACGACGCGAAUAUUCUUAGGGAUAACUUAGAAAACGCCGUGAGGCAGCUCACGAUCGAGCAGAGGGUAAUAACGGCGUUGCAUGGCGGUCAGGACUGUCAGGAGGCGAGCGAGGAGACGAUACGAGAUCCCGCGGGAAUCGCGGGAGACGCGUCGAUCGUCGACAAGUCCGAGGGGGGAGAGGAGGUCGAAGAGGAACUUCUCGAGAUCUGCACGGAGGAACGGUCCGAAGAGAGGACAGACGUCGCGGAGAAUAACGCGAACGGCACGACAAACGAAGAUGCGCCGGAAGUUGUGGAAGUUAAUGGCUCUUGCGAGACGGAUGCCGGGAGUGGCGACAAAUAAGUUUCUAGGGAACGUUUUACGCGAUAAAUACGACGGUCCAUAAAUUUCACGUUUUGUUUGCUCGAAGACACUGCUCUUCCUGCCGCGGGACAUUAAUAAACAGGCAAAGAUAUUUAAGAAAAUUACAAACGGAAGUUACAUGAGUGAGCCAAAGGGUUUCUCGGUAAGGCAAGACUCGCUGUAACAUAACUUUCCUAACAGUUGUUUGAAAUCUACUUAGUUCGAUAGAUAUGAACGUCCAUUUAUAGAUAAUGAUGAUUCAUACGAAUCAUAUUUCAAUAACGAUUCACGCGGUGAAUGAUACGACAAUUACUUUUGAAUUAUUACGAUACAUUGAACAUGUGGCAACUUUAUGGAACGCGCGCGCGCGCGCGCGCGCAUACACACACACACACACACACACAGAUACACGCAGUGAUAUUAUACGGGAUUUCAGUUAUCACUAUGUUAUAUAUGGUACACGUCAUAUGAGAGAGGAGCUGCAUUCUUCGAGCGAUAGAAACGAAAGAAGAGAGUCAAAGAUAGAAAAUAUUUUAAAAAGAUUUCAACAUUACGGCACCGCGUUCGUGCGAGGCUUCAAUAUUCGCGUACACGGAAUCAAAAUUCCAUGUAUGGUUCUUCAUAUCAGAGACUCUUUUCAAAAACGAAACGUCGUGUGAAAAUCUCAGGUAUUGAAUAGCUACGUAUCUUUGGGUUGCCAAUAUUAUAUCCCAUUAAAGUCUAUCUUGUAUAACUUUCUCCUAUUGUGUUGGUAAAAUACAUAAUU